CGUCCUGGGAGAGAUCGAGGAAUCCAUUCCAUCGCUCGAGGUGCCUCUCGUUUUCUGGGCGAUGGAUGAGGGUGCCGGAUUCUCAGGGGGGCCGGCAGAUGGCGGCAGCUCCCGGUACAAGGGGGUGAGGCUGCGGAAGUGGGGGAAGUGGGUGUCGGAGAUCCGGCUCCCGAACAGCCGGGAGCGGAUAUGGCUCGGGUCAUACGACUCCCCCGAGAAGGCGGCGAGGGCCUUUGAUGCGGCGCUCUACUGCCUCCGGGGCCGGCAAGCGCAGUUCAACUUCCCCGACAGCCCGCCCGACAUCGCAGGCGCCCAAGGCCUCACUCCCCAGGAGAUCCGGGCUGUCGCUGCCCGGUUCGCCAACCAGGGGCCCGAGGGCUCAGGGCGGAGCAGAAGGAACGACGACGGGCACGGGCACGGGCACGGCGCAUCGUCAAUGGCGGCUCGAGAAGGAGGCGACAAUGGGAAUGGCAACGACGGUGGGGGCAGCAGCAUGGACUGGUCGUUCUUGAAUGCACUGGACGUUGACUGCGAUGGCUCCGGAUUCGGGCUUUAUGACGGACUGGAUUAUGUGGGUGGCUCUCAGCUGGAGCCUCCGCCAGAAGCAUCAUCGACGACGUAUAAUGCAGACGACGAAAAUGGUGGUGGCAAUGGUUUCUAUUGUCACCAACUCUGGAACUUCUGAAAACCUUUUUCGUUCGGCAAAAUUUUUAUUAGUUGCCGGAGGAAACUCAUCUUGUACUGUCUUUUUAUAUAUAUAAAUAAAUCAGAUUUUUGCCCUUGUGUCGAUCAUUACAGGAUGACAAUAAAGAAGCGGAUCGACAUAGCAGGGUUAAUCUAGGGUUUUAUA